CACUUUUGAUAUAGGCUUGGUAUGAGAAGAGAGAAAUAAUUACGAAGUUCACUAUUUACCCCAAAAAUACGAAAUGCUAUUCGGAAAGGGAAAUCAUACCUGGAGACGUUCUCAAAAUUAAAUCCCGAUGCAGGUGUUUCGACAACAUUUGAUAGCGCCAUACCUGAAUAACUUUAUUUUGCACUCAGUGCUUAGAUUUUGACUUCACUACAAUCGCGCAUUUCAAGUCCCUGAAGAGGUCGCUAUUUUCUUGACGUGGUGUGACCAUAUGUGACUGAGGGACGCAGUUUUAUCCGUAUUUUUCAUCGGUGUUCGGGAAAUACUGGAAAUAGACUUUAUGGACUCUCAAAUCAAAGGAGUUAGCACAGGCACCACCAUCUUGGCGGUGACGUUCAAUGGAGGGGUUAUCAUUGGCUCAGAUUCCAGGGCAUCCAUCGGAGGAUACUACGUGUCCUCUAAGACCAUCAACAAGCUGAUCCAGGUUCAUGACAGGAUAUUCUGCUGCAUCGCCGGCUCCCUGGCAGACGCUCAGGCCGUCACCAAGGCUGCCAAGUUCCAGAUCUCCUUUCACAGUAUUCAGAUGGAGUCCCCUCCUCUGGUGAAGGCAGCAGCGUCCGUGUUGAAGGAGCUGUGCUACAACAACAAGGAGGAGCUGCAGGCCGGCUUCAUCACUGCAGGCUGGGACAGGAAGAAAGGGCCACAGGUUUACACGGUGGCCUUGGGCGGUAUGUUACUCAGUCAGCCGUUCACCAUCGGAGGAUCAGGGAGCACGUACAUCUACGGUUACGCCGACGCCAAAUACAAACCUGAUAUGAGCAGAGAGGAGUGCCUGCAGUUUGCUACAAAUGCUCUGGCCCUAGCUAUGGGCAGAGACAAUGUCAGCGGAGGCGUGGCACACCUGGUAGUGAUCACCGAGGAGGGGGUGGAGCAUGUGGUCAUCCCUGGAGACAAGCUACCCAAGUUCCACGAUGAGUAGAGUGACACUACAAUCAACCAAUCAGUGACACUCUGUGAGAUGAAUUUUCACUCAAUCAUUCACGGUUGUCCAUACAUGCAGAACUUGGUGUUCAUAUGCCUGACUAUUCACAUCAGUUUUGGGACUGCGGAUUGAAAAACAAUCAUGAUUUCCAAGAGACCAAUGUGAAAAUCUUCUCUGGUUCUGCCUAUGUGUUUCAUAAUCUACACUGUGUUCAUGUUGUUUAUGUGCAUUAUAUUUUGUUUACUUAAUGAUCUCUGGGUGGAAUCAAUAAAAUCUUAAGAAAAAAUAUGUUUA